CCUUGAGUGUCUCUGAUGAUGAGAUACAAGAAGCUGCAGUUGACCAGGGAGCUCCUCUGGCUUCUUUGGAUUGGAGCACUCGUAACGCUCUCUUUUUUGAGAGAUGGAGGGCAAAGAGACCUUACCUUGUAAAUAGCAUGCUGGCACAGGGGAACGUGGAAACAAAAAUCUGCAGUCAAUGUGGGAUCAACUGUGCAGCUGUCAGAUGCAGAGACUGCUUACCAUGUCCAUUCCUCUGCGCUGAAUGCGACAUCAGCCGGCACAACAAAACCUACAUCCUUCACAACCGGGAUGCUAUGUGUGCUGGUUUCUUUCAGCCAUUGCCUCCAACCAGUUGCGUUGUGGAUAAUGCUGUUACACACUGUGUACGGCUUUUGCCUAUUGAGAUGCCUGUCCAAAUCUGUCGCUGUCCACCAGAGGCAUUGAGGGUCAUCCAAGGAAAGGCAGUUGCUUUGGUCACAAUAAAUGGACGGUAUGAUCUCAACAUGCCAGAGCUAAGCUGCGAGGGAUGCCAGGCUACUUGGACUGCAGAAGUGGAUGACCUUAUACAAAGUGGCUACUGGCCCGCCACCCUCAAUUUUGCGACAGUUUAUGAGGAAGACUUAUUUUUUACUUUUGAGAGCAUGAAGAUGGCAUCACCUGGAAUGUCCUGUCAGGCAUUUCUACGAAUGCUUGAGAAGCGGACUGUUCGCUUUGGCCGUACUGGAAAGCUCUCAUCUGACAGCUUUCAGAAAAGCUUUUUUGAAUGGGCUGCUGUUCAAUAUGAAGUUGAUGCCAUUUGCAAAGAGGAGCAAUUUAGCUGUCCUGCCUGCACUCCAGCAAUGCUUGCCGUCUCGGUUGACGGAAACCGCAAGCUUUAUCGUUUCAAGAGUACAGCACGAUCAGAGGAGCGGCCGAUCUUUGAUGGUGUCUUCAUUGCUAAUGAUGAAGAUGUGACCAGAUUUGUGGACCAAGUACACACCAAAACCAAACAUGUCACUGGAAAAGGCAUUUGUGGUGGGGAGUGGUUGGCAGCCCGAGAGACUUCCUGCAGAUCUAGGAGUAAGGUGGAUGAGGAAGGACUGGAGCUGGCAGUUUGCAGGCACGGUGUCUUGCUGUCUGCCCUUAAUAUGUUUAGGGGUGAAAUAUAUGCAUACCCCAUGUUCUUACAGAACCAGCUUGCGCCCAAGCACGACAUAACCUUCUUCUGUAUGGAUGUUGCAUGUAAAUACUGGCCCUACCUACAGAGAGUUUGUUUGGACUGUCCAGAGCUCCAGUCUCUUCAAAACAUGAGGCCCUUCCUGUCGGUUUUGCAUGCUAAAGCCCAUGACUUCAAAUGUGAGGUAAAAUGGAGUGGAGCCAACCAAGAUGGGGCUGGUUCGACAUUAGGGGAGGAAGUAGAGCAGUGUAAUGCGUUUCUCUCCAGAAUAGCGGUCACUACAAAGCACAUGUCAAAAGCAGGACGCAAUGACAUGCUUACACUCCUCUCCAUGAGAUGGAACCAGCAGAAGUUUCAAAACCUGGCAAAUUCUCUUUCCCAAAGAUACCAUAAGACUUCUAGAGCUCUAAAUGUCCAGUUGGGGGACCUGGAAACUCUGAAAGCCAAGCUUCAACUGCAAGAAAAAAACAUGGAGGAAUUUGUGCAAGAUGUGAAAGACUGGGCAGAUGGUGAGAUAAUUCUAAACAUUGUCUGACAUAAAGAUUUAAUCUUUUUUUAUAUUGGUGCUGUGUUAUUCACUUUUUGUUAGGAGAAACAAACCACCAAGACACGACACAGGCUUUGUGUCAGAAGAUUGAGGCCCUCACAUCAAGUAUAAAAACAAGAUCUCAACGCCUCUACAAAACAAAUGACAGCAACAAAUGUCGACACAGAAUUAGACGGAAAAUAAGGCAAGAAAAGACCACUUUGCAGACCAUGCUAGCCAAGUACAACAGCCUUGUAACACCCGAGCAAGCAGUUUGCAUGGAUCAUAUUCUGGACACAGAACAUCCCUGGCCUUGGCAAAUAACAC